GACCCGCAGGGGUGACGGCUGGAGACGGACAGGGGACGCGGCCAAGCCGCGGCGGCAGCAGGAGAGCAGCUGCACAAGAAGCAGGAGAGCGGCCAUCGCGGCCAGAGGGGACGGGGCGGAGGACCCGCGGCCUGCUGGGCGCUGCUCGUUGGGAUGGCCCAACGGCUGGGACGGCAGCCCGAGGGCACCGGAGCCUCCUCCGGAGGGCUGCUGGUGAGAACACUAUUUAACCUGGAGACACCGCGGGCCGGAGGUGGGUCCGGAAGAAGGAACAAAGAUUUGGGGGCAAAUAAUGGCCACCGAACUCCCGCGGGCGUCCCUGCGAGGCGGCGCGGAAGCUCCGCGCAUACCCACCGCCCGCCGCUCGCGCCCGUGGCGGCCCCGCCCCCGCUCUCCUUGGAGCUGCGGAGCGGCGGGAUUGCAGUGGGACCAUGGCUGCGCUGAGGGACUGCAAGGCCUGGCAGGAUGCUGGACUUGUCCUGUCCACGACCAGCAAUGAAGCCUGUAAGCUCUUCGAUGCUGUGCUGACACAGUAUGCAACUUGGACCAAUAAUGAGAGCCUUGGAGGUAUUGACGGAUGUCUCUCCAAGCUAAAGGCAGCAGAUCCAAACUUUACAAUGGGACAUGUCAUUGCCAAUGGCUUGGAGCUGAUUGGCACUGGAAGGACUGUGAGACUUGACAAGGAGCUGGACAGUGCCGUGAGAGCCAUGGUGGCACUUUCCAAGUCACAGCCACUGACAGAGCGGGAGAGGCUUCAUGUGUCAGCAUUGGAUGUGUUUGCCAGGGGCCAACUUCCAAAAGCUUGUGAUCUAUGGGAGCAGAUUUUGCAGAACCACCCAACUGACCUGCUAGCCCUCAAAUUUUCCCAUGACACUUAUUUCUACCUGGGAUAUCAACGUCAGAUGCGAGAUUCUGUUGCCCGUGUUUAUCCUUUCUGGACACGCGAUGUUCCACUGAGCAGCUAUGUGAAGGGCUACUACUCUUUUGGACUCGUGGAAACAAAUCUUUUUGACCGUGCUGAGAAAGUUGCCCAUGAGGCUUUGGCCAUAAAUCAGACAGAUGCAUGGUCUGUCCAUACUAUAGCUCAUGUAAAUGAAAUGAAAGCAGAGGUGGAGAAAGGAUUAAAAUUCAUGAAGGAAACGGAAAAGAACUGGAAGAGCAGUGAUAUGCUUGCUUGCCAUAAUUACUGGCACUGGGCUUUAUACUACAUUGAAAAGGGUGAAUAUGAAGCUGCUUUGACAAUUUAUGACAAGCAUAUUGCUCCUCAGACCCUAACAAGUGGAAGCAUCCUGGAUAUUGUUGAUAACAGUUCAAUUCUCUACAGACUUCAUCUGGAAGGCGUAAAGCUUGGGGACAGGUGGAAUGAUCUGCUUGGGGUUACGAAGAAGCACACCAAGGAUCACAUUCUUCUGUUCAAUGAUGUGCACUUCUUGAUGUCUUUUCUUGGAGCCAAAGACCACAAAACUACUGAGGAGCUUUUAACAACUCUGCAGGAACUUGCCAGAGCACCUCAUGAAGACCACCAGCUUUCCCUGGCUCCUAGUUUGGGGCUGCCACUGUGCCAGGCCUUUGUAGAGUUUGAAAAUGGGAAUUGUGACAAAGCUGUAGACCUGCUGUACCCAAUCCGUUAUGAACUCGUCCAAGUGGGAGGCAGUGAUGCUCAGAGAGAUGUUUUCAGCCUGUUAUUGAUUCAUGCUGCUUUAAAUUCUAAAUCAAAGGCCAAACGAAACCUUGCAAAGUGUCUCCUGCAUGAACGUGAUGUGAUGAGACCAAAGUCACCAAUGACUGAGCGGCUGAUCAGGAAGGCAGCAGCCGUGCAUUCCAUGGCAUAGGGCUUUCCUCCAGCUUCAGCUGGAAGAGCCAGGAGCUUUCCACAAAGUCUGGGUGCAGGGAGUACAGGGGCACUGUGAAGGAAUUUGGGGAGGUACUCAAGGUAAAAAGAUCUGAGAAUAAUUUCCUUAAAAAAAAAGACAGAACUGUUGCAUUUUUGGGGGUUGUGUCUUAGAUGAUUCCACAAGAAGAAAACUUACUGAUAAUGCACAGCUUUCUGGAGCAUCCCAAAGGCACUACUGCUCUACUAUGUUUUCCUGAACGUUCCCUUUGACCCUGAUUAUACACAGUGCAGUAACAGUGCCUGGAUUUCAGUCUUUCUUUGGCUCAGUUUGUUACUUGGCCUACAUGUAAAGUAAAUUGCACAGGAGCUUUUAAAUAAAGCUAAUAGGAAGGUUUGGGGCCAGAGCCAAUACAGGCAUGAACUGAAUUCCAUGUCGAGGUUCCAGCCUGUUCAGGCAGGAGUCACAGAUCUGUCUGUAUUCUUUACAGGAUCUCUUUACAGGUAUACAUUUUUAAACUCCAUCUCAUAAAAUUUUUCCUUUUAAUUUAGCACAGCAGAGCUUUCUGGCAUUAUUGGGUGAAUGAAACCAGACAAGAAUAAUGUCUAUUUUGACAUGAGUGCUCCCUCAGCACUUUUAAAUCUUUCAGAAAAUCUGGAUUUCAGCUGAACAGUACCAUCUCUGAAGGGCAUGCUGGACUGGGUCUUUGUGCUUCCCUGAGCUUUUGGAUAGUAAGGCCUUACUACCAUCUCACUCCAGAGAGUCCUUGCAAGUUGGGGUUUAAACCAGGGUUAAAGCACAUACUUCAGAGAGGUGAAGACCAGGAAGGAGUUCCAUGGAAAGAGGGCUCAGGGGGACAGACACAGUUCUGUCCCAGUGCAUGUGAUGGGACAAACUUCGGUUCUGCAAGUCAGGCACAACGUGAGCCACGGACCUCGAGGGAGCUCUGGUGCCUCUGGAUUCCUGCAGCAUCCCAGAGCUAAUACAUUGUCUUGCAAUAGCAUUCCAGAAAUCACUAAUGAAGGAGAAUAUUUCACACUGAAACUGAACUCAUGCCUCCUCUUCUGGAAUAGAAAUACCAAAUUCUACAACUGCCAAAGCUCUGGCAUUGCUUCCACAUCUGUAAGCUCUCCUGGCCUCACAGGCCUGCCCCUCCUUCCUGUCCAGCUCAAGCUCUUCCCCAUGUCUCACAGCAGCCUUGUCCUACAGUUUCCUUUUGACCUAAGAAAGCACUUCUAAGCUGGCCCUGCACUGCCCCAGAGUUCCUGCAUUGUGGAACAAGAGGUAGAAGUGUUUUGCUGACAUCUUUCUUUACCCCUGAGGUAGAAACAGCUUAUUUUUAAAACAAUAAUAAUGAAACCACAAAAGGGAUGGUGUUCCUUGCCUUCAGGUCUUCUGAUUUAUAAGCGUGCUGCUCUUCAGCUUCAUCACUGCUUGUCUGUUCAGCCAUGGUGGGGAUGACUCACUUGGGACAGGUUACACUGGAUUUUUACUAUUAUUUUUAGUAAGUGCACUUCAAGCAAUGACUUCGGACAGGUAAUUUUUUACUCGAGGAAUGUAACACCUUGUAUAAGGGAACAAAAGCUUGAGAAAGCUCUGGCUAGCUAUGCAGGGUGUAAUCAAUGUAAUCAAUGACAGCUCUACUUUCAAUAGAACAUGAUUGAUUAUUUUGUCUGCAUUGCCUUAAUAAAUUCAAAGAUGAUCUUUGUUGAGCAAACAAG